CAGCAGCAACAGCAGCAGCAACAGCAACAGCAGCUCUCGAAGCAGCAACAUCACCAGCAGCGGCACAAACACACGCCGUAGCAGCAGCAGCAAAAGCAACACAACCAUCCGCAGCAACAGCAGCAGCAGAAGCACCAGCAGCAUCAUCAGCAGAAGCAGCACCAGAAGCAGCAUCAGCAGCAAAGCAGCAACGGCAGCAGCACCAGCAGCAACCGCAGCAGAAGUCACAGCAGCAACAUCAGCAGCAAAGCAGCACCAGCAGCAGCAUCAGCAGCAAAGCAACAACAACAACAGCAGCAGCAGCACUUGCAGCAGCACUUGCAGCAGCACUUGCAGCAGCACUUGCAGCACUUAAAUACUUGAGGGUUUUCUUGAAUGGUCUCUUCAACAAGUACAACUGGAGGCGGUUGUUGAGGGCACGUGUGGGUGCGAAGCAGCAGCAGCAGCAGCAACAGCACCAGAACCACCACCAGCAGUAUCUGCAGCAGGUGCAGCAGCAGCAGCAGCAGCAGCAGGAGAAGCAGGAGGAGGAGUCUGAGGAGGUGCUGCUGCAGCAUGAAGAGGGGCUUGCAAAAACAUUCGAGAAUUGGGGUAUUGUUCUGCGUCUCUUUCUGGGUAGAGCUCUCCGUGCACAAGCCAGGCUUCAAUAA